UUAGAACAAAAACUGGAACAGUGGAGACAAGCUCUGGAGGAAAAGGUUUAAAACUUAGUAGGACAAAAACAGAGUAUUUGGAAUGUUCAUUUAAAGAUGGAGCUACUGCAAAUAAAAUGGUAUCUUUGGAUGGUAAAAUGAUUGUAAAAAGCAAUAGUUUUAAGUACCUAGGAUCGGUAUUACAGAGUAAUGGAGAAAUAGAUGGAGAUGCAUGCAGUAGAAUUAGGGCUGGAUGGAUGAAGUGGAAAGAAGCGAGUGGUGUGUUGUGUGACAGAAAAAUUCCAAUGAAGCUGAAGGGAAAAUUCUAUAAAACAGCCAUAAGACCAGCUAUGAUGUACGGAACUGAAUGUUGGGCAGUGAAAAAGAAAGAGGAACAACGAAUGCAUGUGGCGGAAAUGAGAAUGCUUAGAUGGAUGAGUGGAGUGACAAAGAAGGAUAAAAUUAGAAAUGAGUAUAUUAGGAGAAGUCUAGGUGUGGCACCAAUUGAUGCCAAAAUGAGAGAGCAUAGGUUAAGAUGGUUUGGUCAUGUUCAACGUCGAGACGUUAACCACCCAAUACGAAGAAUAGCUGAAGUGCCGAUUCCUGGAAGGAGUAGGAGAGGAAGACCAAAGAAGACCUGGGGGGAGACGAUAAGGCAGGACAUGUUGGUAAAGGGGAUUAAC